AUGGCUCGGUUCGGAUUGGGAGAGAGGAAAUUCUCAUGGACAGCAACUCAUCCUCAACAUCAUUUCACUAUCGAUCAGUUUGAGGAAAUUGGAAUAGAAGUCACCAAGAAACUGAGAGCUUUCUAUUGGUUUUGUCGGCCCCACACAAUCAUUGGCACUAUACUAGGCAUUACUUCAGUGUCCCUCCUACCAAUGAAGAGCCUAGAUGAUUUAAGUGUCACAGUUCUAUGGGGAUUUCUUGAGGCUUUAGCCUCCGCUUUAUGCAUGAACAUUUAUGUAGUAGGGCUGAAUCAGCUGUUUGACAUUGAAAUUGACAAGGUCAAUAAGCCAACUCUCCCAUUGGCUUCUGGGGAGUUUUCAGUGACAACUGGAGUAUCGUUAGUUGUGGCAUUCUUGGUCAUGAGCAUUAGCAUUGGAAUAAGAUCCAAAUCUUCUCCAUUGAUGUGUGCCUUGCUUGUCAGCUUCCUUCUUGGAAGUGCCUACUCUAUAGAUGUUCCACUGCUCCGAUGGAAGCGACAUCCCUUUCUCGCUGCAUCCUGCAUACUUGUUGUGAGGGCUAUAUUGGUUCAAUUAGCUUUCUUUACACACAUGCAGCAACAUAUUCUGAAGAGGCCAUUCGCGCCAACAAGGUCCGUUGUGUUUGCAACAUUGUUUAUGUGUUGCUUCUCUGCAGUAAUAGCUCUAUUCAAGGAUAUCCCUGAUGUUGAUGGAGACAGAGAUUUCGGCAUUCAAUCUUUGAGUGUACGGUUAGGUCAACAGAAAGUGUAUAGGCUCUGCAUUAAUAUGCUCAUGACAGCAUAUGCGGCUGCAAUUUUGCUAGGAGCAUCAUCUCCAAAUCUGUAUCAAAAGAUUGCCACUGUGUUUGGCCAUGGCUUGCUUGCUUUUGUGCUUUGGCAGAGAGCACGACAAUUUGACAUCGCAAAUAAGACAUGCAUCACACCAUUUUACAUGUUCAUUUGGAAGUUAUUCUACGCCGAGUAUUUCCUCAUACCAUUUAUGUAGUAAGAAUCAUGCCAGGGAAACCACCAUCUAGUAUAGACAUGUAAAAUUCAUUUUCUG